GGCGCAGUGCAUUGUGGGGCGGAAGAGGAGAGUCACCGCUCUGCUGGGGCCGCCAUCUUGCCUGCGUCCGGACUUGCUCCCGCUUUCGGGGCCUGUUCUGUCUCCUCACAGCGCAAAGCGGUGGCAAGGGAGAGAACGACAGGCCCACCUGGGAGGUGCUGAUGCGUGCGGAGCUUCCUCGCACUUCUCUCCGGUGCCGCUAGCGAAGGGGGUGGGGGUGGUCUGAGCGGUCACCGGCGCGGCCUUUCCUUUGCCGGGAUGGGUCGGUCCCGCAGCCGGAGCUCGUCCCGCUCCAAACACACUAAAAGCUCCAAGCACAACAAGAAGAACCGGAGCAGAUCGCGGUCCCGCUCCCGGGAGAAGGAGCGGGCGCGGAAGCGAUCUAAAUCCCGGGAGAGCAAGCGGAACCGGCGCCGAGAAUCCCGCUCCCGGUCCCGCUCCAAUACGGCCCCCUCCUCCCGCCGAGACCGGGACCGGGAGCGCGACCGCGCCUCCUCCCCGCCCGAUCGCAUCGACAUCUUCGGGCGCACGGUGAGCAAGCGCAGCAGCCUGGAUGAGAAGCAGAAGCGGGAGGAGGAAGAGAAAAAAGCGGAGUUCGAGCGGCAGCGGAAAAUUCGUCAACAAGAAAUUGAAGAGAAACUCAUAGAAGAAGAAACUGCUCGAAGAGUGGAAGAGCUUGUGGCUAAACGCGUAGAAGAAGAGUUGGAGAAAAGGAAGGAUGAGAUUGAACGAGAGGUUCUCCGCAGGGUGGAGGAGGCUAAGCGCAUCAUGGAAAAACAGUUGCUCGAAGAACUCGAGCGACAGCGACAAGCUGAACUUGCAGCACAAAAAGCCAGAGAGGAAGAAGAGCGUGCAAAGCGUGAGGAACUAGAGCGAAUACUAGAAGAGAAUAAUCGAAAAAUUGCAGAAGCACAAGCUAAACUGGCUGAAGAACAAUUGAAAAUUGUUGAAGAACAAAGAAAGAUUCAUGAGGAGAGGAUGAAACUAGAACAAGAGAGACAACGUCAGCAAAAGGAAGAGCAAAAAAUUAUCCUGGGCAAAGGAAAGUCUAGGCCAAAACUGUCCUUCUCACUAAAAAGCCAGGAUUAAAUUGCAACUCUGAACUCUUAAACAAACAAACAAAACCCAAACCAACCAUCACCAACAAAAAAGGAAAAAUGGAAAAAAAAAUAACCCAACAACUUUGUAUGGUAGCUUCAUGUUGAAGUGUGGGGUUUUUCUCCCCCCCCUCCCCCCCUCUUUUUUUUUUUCCUUUUGUCUUCUUUUGGAAGUCUGGAAAGUUAGCUUGUUCUGAUAGGGGCCGUGCUCUGCAAUUCUUAAUUUUUUAAAACUUCCAUUAAGUUAAACCCUUAUCAGAUCAUUGUUGCAUUUUAAAGUGCAGUCUGUUCUCAUCAGUGUUGUCACUGUACUAGUGGUCUGAAGCAGAUCAGGUCACUUUGAAUUGUGGAUGAUCUGGUAAGGUUUUAUUGACCUACUCAUCAGAGUUUGACUCUGAUAAUUGACAGGACUUUAUACUGGGUAUUGCUGACAAGUUUUGUUUUUUUUUUAAGUCAGUAAAUACAUGAAUAAAUUGCCAUAGUAUUACUGGACUUCUGUGGUUUAUUGUUAAAUCAGUGUCCUAUGAUACUGUCCCAUUGUUGCGCUUGAUGUUCCUGAUACAGGUAAGGAAAUAGUUUGUCAUUUCUGCUAUGAAUACAUAGAGGGAGUUCAGUAAUGUCUCUGUUAGAUUUGUUUUUAUUACAUUGACAGCAUUCAACCAGCUUUCCCCGUUGUGUAAAUAAACUGAUUUGCUGAAUAAAGUGAAAGUCUUAAAUUCAUAUGUUUAAGUAAAUUUUUUUAGUACACAUCUAUGAACAGUUAUAAAAGUGACAAUUCACAUUAUUAAAUUCAAGAAUAUAGUAGCAUUUUUUUAAAUUUUGCUUUAAACUACUGUGGCUUCUACUUAUAAUGCAAAAUUACACACAGUAACAAAUCCCUGCAGUUGUGAAUGUUUUUGACGGCUGCUGCUGUUUUCAUGAAUGUUGGUUUUUAUUCUGACAGAGAUUUAUUUCAUGUUUAAACAGCUGUUUGGUUUACUGCACUCAGACCAAUACUUUGGUAUCUAAUCCCUUUUGGUUCACCUAGUAAUAUAGUAUAUUGUAUAAGUUAAGGUCAUGACCAUAUAAUGAAUCUGAUGGAUCCUAAAGGAUUUAAAAAUUGAAUUUUUUUCCCAAAGGACUGGACCGGCUAGCAUACUUGAAGUAAAAAACAGAAAGUGAGAUUCUGUCUAAAUACAUUGUUUUAGCCAGAAAGCGACUGUUAUUUGUAUACAGAUCUCGAAUGUUGUCCAUUUAUAUAUACAGGUUUUAUUUUGAAAAACUACAGAUUGAAAACUAUAUAUAUAAAAUUCCCCUUUUUGUAUAUAAUUAUUCUACCAAAACCUGGAUUACUAUAGCUUGUCCAGUUCUAAAACUUCAUCCUGUUGGUGUACGACUUCGGUGUUAACCAUAAAAUGAAAGUUACCAGUAGUUGCCUGCGCAUUUGAAUGUCACUGGACAAAGUUGGAAAUAAUUCCUGAUAUUCCCAAAGGAUCUGUUUCUGUAGGUCUGGCAAAUUAAAUGUGUGAGAGCAAGUUGACAUGCAUUGCUUUGUCCAGUAUGUUAAGAAAAAUGUGAAGACAGUAAAAUACCUACACUAUUACUGUACUUAAAUUUGUCUAUAUAUUGUAACAGAAGAAGGUUGAAGGUUGCUUAAUGCAUAAAAACAAGAGCUGAAGCCAAAUAAAUCGUGUACAUGACCUGUUGGCAGGAGCAGGCUGUAUUUAAAACUUAACUGAUACCUGUAUUUCUAAACCAGAAAACAUCCCCUGUUCCCUUAUGAGAAACAAGCUAUUAAAAGUCAAUACUCAAAACAGA